AUGCCUACUGGGAUGAUGCUAAUCAUUGAGCCCGUAUCUACUAUAGCUGGUACUCUUAAAUCCAAUACCUUAGCCUCAACUGUCAUCGAACAUCCCACUAAAGGCGUCUCUUCCUUGCUCCAUGAACCACACUUCACCCCUAGGCUUCGUGCCCCACUAAUAAUCGAUGAUAUCCGACGCCGCUGA